AUGGAAAUUUAUUUAUCCUUGUUAGUUCAACUCUGUCUAAGUUAUUUCGUUUGCGGGUUAAAAUUCGAGGAUGGUGCUGAGAAUCUAGGGCACACGAAGCAAAGUGAAAGAUUUUUCCCGUCAAGUGAUGAACCAGAUAAAAGAUAUUCGGAGAUAUCCGGUAUUAAGUACAUCGAUCCGCAUCCACAAAAUCCUUACGAAGAUUCUUCGAUUGACAAUCGGAAGCAAUUGAACUUUAAUGGAAAUCAAUCGCCCCAAGCAGUGCAGCAAUAUUAUCAGCAGAAUUCUUAUCGGCCAACAAGUUCAUCAGCGAAUGUUAAUGUCAUUCGAAAGCGUCCUUAUCAACAUGCCAGCUCACCGUCAAAUUAUUACCCCUCAUAUCAAAUGGAUUUAAGUAAUCCAUUCUACCAUAAUUACGCCAAUCAUUAUCAAUAUCCCUCGGGGACAUAUCCUGAAUACAUUAAUCCCACGCGAUAUCCUUCACCAACCAGUGCGAAUUUAAACGGACAACAGCAUCAGUUAUUACAUCAACCGUCACUUCACUAUCCAAAUUAUUACACAAAUAAUUAUGCAAAUCAAUAUGGAUAUCAACGACCGCCGUCAUUUUAUGGAAACGGUGUCGGUGGAGGUGGAGUAUCGAAUUUUUUGAAUAAUUUUCGCGAGCCAAAUGGCCCAUUCGGUCAAAUAUCUCAAGUUGGUGGACAAUUUUCAAAAGCUCUUGAAGAUAUCUCAGCCAAUGAUGAUUUACAAUGUGUACCGAAGAUUCUCUGUCAAAUGGUGCGAAGUCAACGUCGUCCGCAUUCAUUGCCAUCAUUUAUGAACAUCCCUGGCCUUUCGGCGAUUAUAUCGGCGCUUCCAUCAUCGUCGCCUCUUAUGAAUUUCGGUCGUGCAGCUUUAUUAGGUUUGAGUGCGGGUGGAGAAUGUGAUGCUGCUUAUCCUCGAUGUCCAAGAGAUGAAGAACAAAUGCUUUAUUAUUUGAACAAUCAUCGAGGCGGAUUCUUUAGAUUCUUCAAUGGUGGACACAGUUUCGGUGACGACAGUUUAGUUCAACAGCAAUUGCAGCAGCACCUAAACCAACAGCAGUUUGGUGGAGAUUCAAGUAGCAAUCAAGGUUUAAACCUGUUGGCUUUGCAAGCUUUAGCAGAGUCUCUCAACCAAGGAAGUGGGAUUAACUUGAAUAAUCUUUUUUCGAGUCCUUCAAAUCAGCGCCCAGCAGUGCAAUCUCAUCCGGGAUUACAGGCGGAUCAAAGCGGAGGAUUAGGUGGCUUGUUGGGGAUGUUUAAACCGAAUAUGUUGUCUGAUGUCGUUUCCAACCUGCUUACUGGAGUUAUAGGUAAUCGCUUCUCCAGACGACUUAGUAAAAGAAGCAUUUCUGAUGAUGAUUAUGAUGAUAAUAAGACAAACGAAGAUCGACAUAAAAUUGAAAAGCGAAUUGUAAAUUUAAAGCCAAGUGAAGUUCUUUUAGAGCAGAAAUUCUUUGAAGACUCUUCAACCAACGAACAACAAACUACUCUUUAUGAUAUAGAAGAGCCAUUCACAUUCUCUAAUGGAAAGCGAAUCAAUAUUCCUCAGACAAUUUUGGAUUUGAAGUUUCCCAAAGAAAAUGUCCAUGGACAGGAAAUUCCACUUUCGGAAAUCAAUCAAGGAAAUUUCAUUUCACCAUCUGAUGUUGCGCGACGCUUGAAAAUGUUAUUCCCUCAAGCCGAUGGGCACUUAAGAUUCGAUAAUGACCAAUUCAAUCGAGAGUUAUUGAAAGCAUUAGUGAAUGACAGAAUAGCUAAAAUAUUGACAGGUGUCCAACAACAGCGACCAAUAAAUAACAACAAUUAUGCUGCCAAUCGAUAUCAGGGCUAUCAUCAAAGUUCUAGCAAUAUUAACUCAAAUCGCUAUCCAGCACAAUCACAGAACUAUUAUGCUGGUGCUGGAUCAUCAAAUUACAAUAAUUUCAACAACAAUCACAUUAGCAAAGGACAAAGCAGCAGUGAUCGACGUCAUAUUGUUUACAUUACGAAUUCACGGGGACAAAUUGAGUAUACGCUCAAUGAGCUUACCGGUGAAAAGAAACGAGUCUAG